GGAGGCUGGGACCUGAACUCGGGUAAACACACAUCCCUCCAGCCCAGCUCCAUGUUUUCUUAUUCGUGCACUUGUUCCUCCUCAGGCAUCCUCGCUGUCUCUCCCUUUUUUUUGCAAGUUGUGACCAAUUUCGCUCCUUUGCUUGUUCUACUUGGAUAUAAACACAAAGUUGUCUCUCUCUUCGGCUGUAUCAGUGAAGCACAGGUAAGGUCACUCUCAUUUGAGCUCGUGCAGUACUCGUUAACGGUAGAAUUGUAACUUAGCAACGUAACGUCACUCGGUUAACGUUAGCUAGCGGACUUGGCUAAGCUAACAAACUUAAUAAAACUACAGUCCUGAAAACGACAUUUGACAUUUUUUUCCUGCUGCCACUUAGUUUGUGUUUGUGAAUUUUAACUCUUAACAGCAGAGAGUAUUUAUAACCAGCCAGUCAAAAGUCUCCAUAUGUCAACAGUUGUGAAGCUCGAAGACAGUCCGUCACCUGCAGCAGCCACUCCUGUCCGGACUUUUGACUUCACACCUGUUUGUUCGAUUAACCGAAACUCUAAAGCACGUGUAUUGUACGUUUUAGCGAGCUAACCUGAGACUCUUGGCACAGGUUAACAUCAUGAAUCCAGGUCAGUGACUGUAACCUUAUCUUAGCCAGCAGCACCUUGGCAUUCCUCUCAUUCCCUUUACUCUGGUUAACACAGAAACUAAUUGCAGUUUAGUUCUGCUUUUGAGAUUAAGAAAGACUAAUUAUUCAUGUAAAAGUUAGGUACCUGAAAAUGAAACAGGGUGUAUAAGGUUAUAAAAACUGACAGCUGCAAUAAAAACUCCCACUAACGCCAUUUGAAGUGUUUGAUAGGCUCUGUUUUCUACUUGAUUCUUCAGUCGUGGUUUUUAUUGGCAUGAUAAGACAGGUGAUCAUUAUUGGUUGAUAUUUUGCUUCCUUUCCGGUAAUGAUGUGGACAAAAUAUGAGAAACACCUCUCAAUAUCAGGCAUUACAGUACAACACCACCCACUGUGUCUUCAAUAACAGAUAUAAAGUACAAUACCUGUCUGGUCAUGUCAACAAAAACAAAAAUUUAGAAGCCAAACUUUGUGGUAAAGCUGUUGCAUUAGAUUGCCUAGGUGUUUAUGUGCAUACAUGUAUUCCUUAGUGAUAAUAUAGUAGAAAAGUAAUUGAAAGUUACAUCUGAAAUGCAAAAACUGUAAGUACAUAGAGUGGUAGUGAAAGUAAAAGUGCUAAGAUAGGUGUCAGUAAGUGUUCAGUAAUUAACAGAUGUGUGUCAGUCCACUUGGACACACUGACUAAUGUUGAAAUAUCAAAGUUUUGUAGAGCUUGUAGAGGUAAAGGGCUGAGACAUAGUAGGGUUUAGAGGGUUUCAAAAUAUGUAGGGAAACUCUUUAACACCUAUGUUGAUUCUAUAAUACAUUUUAGUGAACACUAAGUGUGCGCGUGAACAUGGUUCAAAUGAACAUGUACAUGUAAAAUCAUGAGAUGAACCAAAAUAGCCAACUAUGUUUGUACCAUACCAGAUAUAAUGAACCAAUUACUGCCUGAAACGUCAGGGGGAGUGAAAUUAAAAUAAUAAAUAGUUCUGCCGUUAUUCAAAAUGCAUUCAUGAACUGUAUCCCAAACGAGACUAUUAGGCUACCCAACUAUUGUAGAGAUACUCAUUUGGUUUUGUUGGUUUGAGAUCUUAAUAGAUGUUGGGUACUGUGUCUCAUAUCAUUGUGCACAAACAUAUGUUACCCUUCUCUUAAGCUUAAGACUCAGUAAGGAUAGAAAACACUUAGACAAAACAACACGGGCAUACAUUUACAACACACUGCUCUAAAGAUGAAUUCACUGCCAGGAUCUGGAAGUUAAUAAGUAAACUUCUAGUCAAGGCUGCUGGAUAUGAAAGUAACAUAGGAAGAGCGAACAAGCCCUGUUGCUGUUCAGGGUAACCGAUUUUAGUCAAACAGUGUUCCUCUUUUUGUCAAAUAAUACCUGUGAGAUGAUGUGAAACAAAUUCAGCCUGCGGGGUUUAUUAGGAACAAGAGCAUCACGGAUCACUGCUUUCUUUUGUAUUAGUCAGCUUAUACGGCCUCUUCAGGCUAAUGGGUAUAGUUUCAUGCCUGUUAACCGUCGCUGAUGGCCUGGUUUCACUUGUCUCAUAAUGACAGAACACCAGCAACUCUCACUUGUUUUUAAUAGCGUUGAAAGGGUUAGAGCCCAUGUCUUCUAACGUGACACUGCUUUCCACAAACGCAGCAUUUAGCACCUUUUUCUCAUCUCUGCAGCAUACUUGCCAGACUCGCCAGUCUUGUUUUGUCUCUUGCAGGGGAUGACCUGUAUUUCAUGCUUCUUUCCUCUAAGUCCGCCCAAUGCUUGUGAGUCAUUUGAGGUGUGGUUGUCACUCACAACAAGGGGCUGAAACAAACAGCCCCACACUGUGUCUAAUAACAUACCAUAAGGCUCAGAAACAAGUCUUUAAAGAGGGUAAUAUGAUACAUAUCCCUGGGAAAAGUGCUCAGGCAAGUGGUGCUGUAUAGCUCCUUUUUUUUUUACAUGUGUACUUAUCUGAAAGGUAGCAUAUGGCACUAUCACAUUUAUAGACAAAGCCUUCUAUGAUGCAUCAAGACAGAAGCAGAGAGUCGGUGCUCUUUUCUGUCCGAAAACAUUCAAAUGAGUAAUAAAGACACAUGAUUUUUCUUCUGGCAGAGUUUCAGAUGACAAACUGCAACACUGACAUUUGUCCUCCUUAAUGUAGCUAUCAGGAAACAACAUGACAUGAUUGAAUUGUAGGAAGAGCAAAGUGAUCUCAGAACUUUGGAAUUUUAGAAGAGACUGAAAUCAGCUCUUUGGAAAGACCCGUAAAUGUUUUUCAUCUAUAAAAUCAGUGAGAAACGAACACUUAGAGAAACUUCAACAAGAUUAGACUGGUUAGUAUCUGCCAUAUUUAUACUGACAACCUUAUCAGUUGUAGUGCUGAUCUUAAGAUUAGUUGUCGUUUAGCCUAGAUUAUCUCCAAAAAUGUUUGCAUGGACCACCAGGGAGUUUUGUACAGUUGUUUGUGGCUCAUAAUUAUAGGUUUAAGUAAAAUAUCUAACCAUCGACUCUAAAGCUUACCCUAACAUUUGAUACAACUAUUGCAUGGUUAUUUCUUUGGUUAUCCUGUAACUAAUAACUGGGCCAAUGAUAAUAAUGAUAUUCCCAUUGGCCUCGGCUGUGCUUUCUGUUUAGUGUUAAUUAGCAAAUGUCAGUGUGCUAAUGUGUCAAAGAAUGAUGGUAAUCACAGUGAACUCAACACCUUAUUGGCACCAACUGGUUAUUGGAAUUUCAAUUGUGAACAAGUCAGCGUACUGACUAGGAGAGUACAAUACAGACAAAACAAUAAUAUCUUGAUAUUUUGGGGGAUUUUUGCUGAUGUGGUUAUUGAAGAUAUUUUGUGUAAAUCGUAGUGUUGUACUACCUUGCUCUUGUAAGGUACUUUAGAAGGAAUAGAUAUUAACAAGUUGUUUCAGAAAAACAGCCUCGUUCAUGAGCUUAAAAUGGAGUCAUUAAAGUUAACUCUAUAUAAAACCGGUUAAAUCUCCUGAGCAAGUAUAGAGGUUGAACAGAGCAAGUAAGAGGACACUAUAUUCCAAAGUGGCUGAGUUUGCUGAGUGUGUUUAUGUUUUGUUGGUACCUUUUGUUGUGGUUGACUGCUAACUCAGACUAUUCUUCAUACUCCAUGCAGGGGUUUAUUCACAGACAUUUUCUAACUGCUGUCUUCUGAAGGCAGUCUGCAGAUUUCUCUUUUAGCAACGACCAUCUUUUCCGACACAAACAACCUCCACACAAGUGAGAAUGAUUUGAAUCUGGCAAGAUGUUGAUUUUGAGCCUGGUGCUGUGUUUUCCCACCUGCUGCUGUUUGUUCACUCUUUUUUUUAAUUCCAGCUAAGCAGGCGGCUUCACCAGUGUAGCUCUUUGUGUCGUGUGAACAUCAAUGCUCAUGCACAAUAGUCUGUCCUUUCUCAGCUUGAUCAUAUUCAAUGAAUGGAGGUGUGUUUUGAUUGUUUUGUGCAGAAUGAGGGACAUCAUACUCCAUAUUGUCAUUUUGCACAUGACUAAAACAACAAUAAUGAAAUUAUCUGAAGUGGUAUAUCUUACACCCAAAUCCUUACAGGGUUCAGCUUAGAGCAUCGCCUUGCUUGACUUGGACCUAGACCCUCCUUUUGUAUUGUUCCUUUAUUAAUGACUAAAGUGGUUAAUGACUGUUACAAGUCAAACGUGUCUGCCAAUCAACUUAUCAAAUAUGGCCUUUUUAAAGUUUAUCAUUGGGCGCAAGUGAAAAAAUCUUACGUGAGUUAAAAUACCAGACUUGAUGUUGACACACUUGAUGUUGGUGGGUUUCAAAUUUCCUUGGUCUAAAAAGCUGCAGAAACGUUACCAGUAGGGCUGGACCGAUAUGGAUUUUUUGGGGCCGAUGCUGAUACCGAUUAUUGGGGGGGGGGUCCGAUUACCAAUUAAUCGGCUGAUUAUUUAAAUUUUUUAUAAAGUUAUAGAACAUAUAUACUGUAGCUAUCUACAGUAGCCUAUACUAUAUACUGUAAAUUUAGUGUAGGCUACUGCUCUUCACGCCGACAGGAAGAUCGAUCAGUGCCUCCGCGUCUUAACUCACGGUACGUCCCUGAGCUGCCUGCUUCAGAUCUGUCACUCUGCUGUACUGUGAGGUAGUUAGUGGAUCAAGAUUGUCAUGAGGUCGCUGCGCCAUCUACAGGAUAAUUUAGGGAACUUUUCAAAUGGCGGAACAUUUUCGAAGUGAAACCGAAUCUUAUUCUCUGCAUUUUAUUUCUGGAAAUAUCGGCGAAAAUCGGCGAGUUUUGGCCGAUUACCGAUUAGUCUUAAACGGGCUAAAACGGGCCCUAGUUACCAGUACUUAAAAAUAGUUGAAAUCAGUCUUCAAUAGCAUUACCCAUUGUAUGAUACUAAAACAAAACCAAAAAAGAAGUUGUUUUUUUCUGUUUGAGUCAAAGUCGUUUCGAAUGUGAGCUGUCAGUUUGUUGCAAACACUCUUGCUCUGUGGUAUAUGUGUCGUACAGGUAAGCCAGAGGCUAGCAGAACUCCUGUGUGAGUUUGUGUCACAACUACUUUAGUCAAACAGUAAUGUGUGUAUGUUUUAGGUGUGUCUGAGUGAGAACACCUGCUGCUUUUCUUCUGAAACUCUCUCUGUUAAAUAAACAAACUCAGAUAUAGAUAGAAAGCGGUUCGUCGAUGGGAAAAGUGAACAUUUCUCAGCACUUGUGGCUGUUUCUCAAUGUUAUUCCUUGUAUUUGGUUAAUUCUAUUUAAGCUGUUGUAUAAGUGUGUUUGGUCAGUAUAAUGAGGCAACAAACUUCUUUUCAGGCUAUUGUUCACACAGUGGAUCAGUCUCAUUGACGUACAAGGGGCCGAUUAGCAUGUACAGACACCUACAGACAAAGCCAGAGGGGCCAGUAGAGUUACGGCCCCUAAACUUGGACAGUGGGGGACUGUUAUGUAUUCAGUCAGGCUGUGGACCAGGAGCAUUUUUGUAUCUCUGUUUCAUAUUUAUUUCCCCUGUUAAGCCGGAUUCUCCUUGCCGUAAUGUUUUGUAAUGUUGCACGGAAACAGAUGAAUAGUGAUAACAGAGCAAAGAUUAAGCAGAGAUACAAGUAAACUAGAUGGAAUCAUUCUAGUGUGUCUCUAACGCGGAGCUUUUAAAAUGAUCUGUGAACAGAACAGCAGGAUUUCAGAGGAUGUGUCUAUAAAUUUUAUUUUUAUGACGUUCAUGAUUUUGAUACCUGCAUUCUGCUGAGAUGUGUAUCAAGAGGAAAGUUGAUAAGGACGUGGUUACACAACAUACUUUUUACGAGUUGUCUCUCAUGAAAUGAUCCCGAAAAUCGAACCCAUUGUGUUUGCAAACAUCUUUUCAGUAACCUCUGUAAUAAAUCAUCUUCUUUGUUGCUUGAAGUUACCGUAGCAUAGCAGUUCUUUAUGUUGUGUCUUUGCCUCGGAGCGGGUUUGACUUGAGCUUUCACACUCUGUCUAACCAGUUCCUUCAGCUCAGGGUUAUAUUUCUGUUGCAACAGUCUGUUGUUUAGUUGUUGUUAUUUUUAUUUCUCAUGUAGGUAAACCAGUCUGUUGGACGGCAUGUGAGUCAGCAAAGUGGAGCAAAGGGCUUACUGACACAAAUAAUAAAGGUGCGUUUAUUUUCAGUUCCUGCUGAAGGAAAAAGCUCUUCAUCGUUGGAAGCCUUAUUGACUUUCAAUGCAGUGCUGCCUGAUCAUCUUUAGAUUAAGUGUCUGUAUCUUGAUGAUGAUGUAGAUCUCAUUUUGUACAAAACUCUGAUUUCAGCAUUUAUUAUUAAAGGAAAUAGAAAUUGAUAGAAGAUGAUCACAUAUUAUUGCAUAUUCUAUAUACUACCUAAAGUUCAUAAGAGUUGGGAUAAAAUGCUUGAUAAAAUUUCUAGAUAAUAAGAUCAUUUUAAGCUCUAGCUUUUUUUAGACCAGUGCAAAGACAACAAAUCCUUUCUGAAAGUGACAAAUGUUAUUGUUUGAUGAAAAAUACUAAGACUUAUUUGAAUUAGAUGUGAGCAACUCUUCCAAAUCAGUUUGGACGGGGACUAUUAAACAAACAAAAAAACACCUGACAAAUACACUCUCGACUACUUGUAUUAAUUUCCAGCAUGUUGUGAAUGAUUUGCAGCACGACUGUGUUUAAAAAGGGUUUUCCAAAGGGGCUGUCACUAACUUCUUUGAGCUCAAGCCUUUUAAAAAUGAAUGAAUAAAAAUGUUCAUUUCAGACAUCAUGAAUGCAGCAUCUAGAGAUUCAUCAAUCCAUUUUUUCUACAAUCCAAACCGACACCAAUACCUGGGCUGAGCGUUUCAGCCGAUAUCCAAUACCAAUCCAAAACGACUGUUGAAUGAAUGAACUGUAUACCUUUCCCUGUGAGUGAAUUGAUAUUAGCCUUGUUAAAAAAGUAACAAAUUAACACAGAUAUAAAUCUACUUAAUACUAUUCAUUAACAAAUAACAAAUUGCACAUUAGCACACAGUAAAAAGAAGUAAGACUUCCAUGUAUUAAAAGAAAAAAAAACUGGAUUGGAACGCUGGAUCGGCGUCAUUCAUCAGAUAUCUGAUCCAGCUAAUUUGUCAAUAUCGGAGCCGAUAUCUGAUCCAAAUAUCAGAUCGGUGCAUCCCUAGCAGCAUCCCCGACUCUCAAGAGGAGAAGGACCACCCAGUCUAUACUCAGAGUACAGUUCAAUCCAGCUUGAUGACCAAAUGCUCUCAACAUGACUAGUUUUUCACAUCAAGAAAGGCAUCAUUAAUGCUGAGCAAUUUAUACAGCUUUUCGAGCAACAUGAGCAGCCAUCCAGACAGAGUGCUUUCAGGGAAGACUUUACAAAAUACAGGAAGAAGAUGCCAAACUACAUUCUGCACGCAAUACAACAGCACGGCCCAGUACAAGAAGAGUCAGGAUGCUAAAUUCUCCAAACAUUUGAUGCAUCAUUUUGUAAAAAAUACAACAAAUGAGAUCCCAACUGGAAUCCUAUGUCUACCAAGAAUGUCGGUAAAUAAAUCCAAAAACUGUUAGAUUUGCUUUUCUGGCACUUUUGUCAUUUUGAUUUAAAAAUGUAGAAAAACACUCUUGUGUUUUUAAUUGUUACUGUAUUUCUUCCUCAGUUUCUCAUCCUUUUUCUCUCUCAGUGGUGAGGAGGGGAGAGUGUUUCCCCCCCUUCUUCAUAUGGCCUCCCCACAUGCCUCCCCAGUCCAGGCAUGACUGUCACCCCUAAAAAUCUCAGCGCUCAGCCUGGUACCUCCUCUUGCAACAACACAAGUCCCAGGUUGGUAUUUUAAGAUCACAACACAACCACCAGUGUCCUGAUUUACCUCAUGCUCACCUUUGAUUGUUUACAGUCGAGAGUUGGCAGCGGACACACAGUUCACCUGAUUGAGGUGUUAAUUUAGAACCUGAGUCUGACUCAUACGAUGUCUUGUGUGGUUAUCAUCGCCGACAUCGAUGCAGUGUUACACUUUGCAUCAACUAAGGCCCGAUAGAAGGUCUGACACUGAAGCAGUAACACUGAAGGCUUUUUGUGUGUGUGUACAUGUUUGUGCGCUGACAUCACUCCUACCUGCUGAGCUUUAUCUCAUCACAUACCAAACAGAUCUGGUGCAGUGCAGAUGGAUGAGGCCGAUGGUCUGCGUUUGAAGCCCUCCACUGAGGACUCGGUGUCUCUGGCUCCCUCCUUGGCCGAGCCCAUCAACCUAGAAGGUCAGCUGGUCACUUCUGACGAGAUGAGAAACCGCUGAAAGCUUUCUGUGCCAUUCUGUCAGAACAGAACUAUGUAGCUUAAUGGAAAAGUGAAUAGUGAAUUGUAAAUGCUUUAGUGAUAUCGAUAGGGUUAAUCCUGUUGUGAAGUUUGAUCUUCCUUUUUGAAAACAGAUUUUAUUCAGAAGUACAAAAAAGUAGAGUCAUGAAGUUGUUAAAAGUUUAAAAAAAGUCUUAUUCAGGGGUAAUAUCUAGUCAACUACAAUUUUUAUAGACUUUUUAUUGUGAAUGAAAGCUCUUUUUACUUUAAGCCAUGAAAAAGUUCAGGCCUUUGACGAACAGGAAUCUAAACAUGAUUAGAAAUAACCCUCAAAGAACCGAUAAUGUGCCACUACCAUUCAGACCAGAGAGUAACUUUAUUUUUGACGCUUUCUUUGCGUCAUCCAGAUUCCCAUUAUGCUCAGCUGCGAAGUGACCUGGAGUUUGAUGCCCAGAACCUGGAGGCGGAGUCAUGGAGCGUGGCUGUGGACCAGAACUACCUGAAGAGCCUGAGCAAAGAAGCCAUAAAAAGACAGGACAUCAUGUAUGGUGAGCUGAAACAACUGAGUCUGUAACUUAAAAUAAACAACAAUAGAAAAGCCACGAUAGUUGCAGUAAUUGUAUAUCAUCCUGUAAGUUGUGUGUAUACAGACAAAACUUUUUCGUGUCAUUACUAGCAGAGGAAGAUUAAUCUAUCACUGGUUGUAGGCGACACAAUGUUUGCAUUGUUAAUAUUGAGAUAGUUGUUGGUGUAAUAAAGGGUGUGAUGAAUGCCUUUUUCAACUCUGAUUAUCUGUUAAAAGUAAAGACUUAUUAAGGUUAAGGAAAAGUUCUUCUCUGUGCAAAUGAUUUAUAUCUGAGCUGCAGGUCUACUCCAAGCUGACCUCUCAGCUUUUUCACACAUAUAAAUGAAAAACUUGUUUGUAUGUUUUUAUAGAGUUUUUCCAGACGGAGAUGCAUCAUGUACGCACCUUAAAGAUCCUCUUCCAUGUCUACAUGCACGAGUUGAGGCAGUCUUCGCUGAUAGAGGAGUCCAGGCUGGAACGGCUCUUCUUUGGGGUGGAAGCUCUGCUCGGUCUCCAUCAGCGUUUCCUAAACCACCUCAAAGUGCGACAAAGUCAGAGUCAGGAGGAAGACAAUCCGAACAACUACCAGAUCACACAGCUGGGGGAUAUUCUCAUCUCUCAGGUAGGGAUGGGCAUUCAGUCCUCUUGAAUAAUCUUCUUGAACUAUUGGCUGGAAAGAGGGUUUUUCCCAAAGAUGUCAGCGUUGAUUAUAAACAGCUUUUCCUACUUUAUUACAGAUCGCUUUUUAACACACUCUAUUUUUCUGCUAUGCUCUUGUUUUUUUCUUGUUUUUUAACUGAUUGAUUAAAUUUGGAUUAGGAAACAUCCUCUCAGUGUAUUUAUAACUCCCACAUGCUCAGUUUACAUUUCAUUGCUACCAUUGCCUUCUUGUACUUGUUGUUUCCAGCGCUGAUAUUUUUAAUUUUGUGUCAGACACAGAUCCAACAGGUUUGCUCCACCAAUUAUCUAAGAUUAAUGUCGGAUUAAACCUCAGUGUUCGUUGUGUAUCCCUGUUUUUUUCUGCUGCUUUCACCUGACUCUUCAUGUUGUCUGGUGAUCUCUGCUCUCUCCGCCCCUGUUGCUCUCUCUGAAUGCGCUGACCGAGUUUACAGGUGUACAUAGGAAUGGCUGGUAUGUCUGAAAUGAAAUGAACUUUUUAGAGACUGCAGAUGGGCGUGUUUGCUCCACAAGGUCAGAAAUGUCCGUCUCACCUCCUUAUAGAGGCAUUUUGACAUCUGUGGUCGAUAAUUUCUCUGAGCGGGGUAACAUGACGAGAACGUGACAUCAGAUCGAAGCAGAGAUGGAUCAGAGGUCUUGAGUCCUUUGAGACACAGCAAGUGAGCUGAGGAUUAUGUCUGACACUUUCUUGGCACUCGUCACUGUCAGAUGACUUUAAUUAUCGCUUAAACUUCAGGAGCUGUUAGAGCAAACCCAGAGAUGACUGGAAGAUUUGAAAAGAGAGAAAAAUUAACAUUGAGAGCUCAAAGUGGAGAGAUAAAAGAAGAACACUUAGCCAACCAGACUAGACCAAUAUCGAUUUCACAUUGUGACCUCUGCUAAAACACAUUUCAUCAUCAGUUGUCUUUGAUUCCUUUCUGACUUUUGUAACAUUUGGGUGCGAGUUUGUUACACGUGUCUAAUACAAUACGGUGGUUUUUACUGUGUGGAUCAGUUUUUAAUUUGGGAACCUCCCUUCUCUCUUUUAUUCCAACUAACAAAAUCAACACAGUGUGAUCCGCUUGAUAUACACACACAGUGAAAUCAAUGCAGUGUCGUUCUUGAUUUAUAUGAUUCUGGAUGUAUUACAUUGAUGUUCUGUUUAUUCUUUGUUAGUUUUCAGGUCAAGUAGGAGAGGCGAUGAUGGAGUGUUACAGUGUGUUCUGCAGCCAUCACACUGAAGCCAUCAACUUCUACAAAGAUCAGCUGCAAAACAACAAGAAACUGCAGAUCCUGAUGAGGGUGAGGAAUCCACACUGAUGGUUGAGACAAUGCUCAGGACUCAGUAAGACCUAAACUUUGUCUGUUGUGUACGAACCUGCAGGAUUGUUAGAGGAUCUAGUCGACAAAUAAUAAGACGGUGAUGACGUUUACAAAGGCUGAUGCUGUUGAAAAGAAACCGACUGAAAUCAUGCAUGUAAAGUUUUGCUUUUAUUACACAGAAAAUCGGUCAACUGCCUCUUGUGCGAAGGUUGGGAAUCCCUGAGUGUUUUCUGUUGGUGACUCAGCGCAUCACUAAAUAUCCCAUCCUAGUGGAGAGACUCAUCCAGAACACUGAAGGUAAAAUCCUACAACUAACCUGUAUGUCAAACUCAAAAAGGUCCAACUGGAUUCAUAUAAGCACAGACGGGUCAAUUUUUGCCAUAUGAUCUGUUCAGAUGACACAGAGGAGCACCAGUCUCUGGUUCAGGGUUUGGCUCUGAUCAAAGAAACCAUCUCACAGGUGAAUGAUCAAGUCAGUGAAUAUGAAAAUGCGUCUCGUCUGAGGGAGAUCGGCCUUCGCCUCGAGCCGAAAUCUCAGGGCCGGAUGAAGGACGGUCAGCUGUUCCGCAAGGAGGAUCUGAUCCAAGGACAGAGGACGCUGCUGCACGAAGGCAGUGUAACCUGGAAGACGUCUGGUAAACAGAAAGGUUUGUGACACUUUUAUCAGCGAUUAUAUUGAUGUUUUCUCUCCCUUGAGCAUCAGUAAUUAUAUUUAAUGGAUCAAAGCGUAAAAGCCACAUUUUUUCCUUUCUGUUUUUAACUGGAAGAAAGAUUUAGUGAACCGGUGCAGCAGCAUAUUUGUAUGUCAUAACUGCAGUGGCAAAGAUUCACUGUGAGGUCCAUCUUUAAAAGUAGUUUGAGCUGCAGUAUUGAUCACCUGUUUUGAUUUUAAAACUCUGUGUUUCUGCAGAAAUCAAUGCUGUGCUGCUGUCCGACGUUCUCCUCCUCCUACAGGAGAAAGAUCAGAAGCUCGUAUUUGCUGCUGUGGUGAGUUCUGCCCCAUAAUGAGAGUUUUAUAUACAGAUAUAUUCUGUUAUUUCCAUAGUUACCACUCAGUAAUGAUCAAUUACUUCCAGUCUUCUUUAUGUUACAUAAUCCUGUGGAAUAAUAUGGGACCAAUAGUGGUUAUUCUUGACAAUGCCAUUUGGUGUGUUAUAAUACAGGAAAACAAACCUCCAGUGAUCUCCCUUCAAAGGCUGAUAGUCAGAGAGGUGGCUCAUGAGGACAAAGCCAUGUUUCUGAUCUGUGCGUGCACCGACAGCAUGCCAGAAAUGUACGAGAUCCACACCAGCUCCAGAGCAGAACGCAUCACAUGGACAGCAAUGAUACGAGAAGCUGUGAACAGGUGAGCUACAGGAAAACAGAAAAUGAUAGUAGGUAAAAAGGAAAUUAUGCAUGCAACUUUUCUUUGAUUGCACUGAGACUUUAAUCUCAGUGUAAUAAUUCAAUAGACAACACUGACUAAGAUGUGUGUGUGAGUCAGGUAUCCACAGGAGGAGCUGUAUCGAGAGCUGACUGCCAGACUGCAACAGUUUCAAGGUAGGAUAGCUGAUCAUAUCUUCCUCUGACUCAGCUGGAAGGACGCAUCUCGUGGUGCGUCGAGCUCAUCUGAGGAUAGGACGGUGUUGUCUGAAAAUUUGGGGAAGAAAUUGGCGGAAAAGAGAACUGGCUGAAUGUGUCACAUUGUCUGCAAAUGUCAUGUUCAUAUGAUACACAGUUUCUUUUUUCUGUUAAACUCGUAACUGGAGCUGUAAGGUGUCUCAGCUUACAUCAGGGCUGUACAACUGUAUCUAUUUUUAAUCUAUCUAUAUUCCCAUUUGCCAAUCAUACAUGUUUCUUCCUGUUUCAGAUAUUCUAAAGGUGAGAGAUGACCAGAUAAAGCAAAGUCUGUCUGAGAAGCAGCAGAUCUUUGCUGCUCUCUAUGAGACUGUAACAGAGCAGGAGACUCCCCACAAAGGUCUCCUGCUGCGAGGAGAUGCAUCUGACCUCCAGCAGGGGGAGACACUCCUCAAAGGAGCCAUAGAUGAGGGUAAGAGUCGGGACUGUAACACCUUCCUUUUGGGAAACGUUAUUUGCAGUAUAGAGGGAAUAAUUCGAGCAUUCAGAUUUCUGCUAAGGUUUUUAUGAAAUUCUGAAGAUGUACUCUGUCUCUUUUUAUAGAUGUCAUGAGUCAGAGAGCACAGAUGCUGUUCUUUAAACUAGAGAUUAAGAGCUUGUGUGUUUUUUUUCUUUUUCUUUUGUCUACAGUGGAAAACCUGCAGAACCUGCUUUUCUCAAGGAUUAGGGACCCAGAACCUCUCAUGAAUGAGGGGAAAGUGCAGGAGGGGCCGCUUCUAAAGGGGACCGAGAUUGAUGGCGUGGCUGUGGAUGACUCUGCUGCAAGCCCCAUGACAAGUAAGCUGAUAUAAAGCUGCAGUGGUAGUGCCAUCAACACCUUUUAAAUGUUUAUGUGAGUGUAUCUGAGGAGAGAGUGACAGAGACGAAAGGAUUUACAACAAAAUAUACCGUCUACUUAAUACUACUGUGUUAAGAUAUAACCAAUAGGACAUCUUGGAGUCUCAGGGUCAGGUUUGUGGUACAAUUUUAAAUUCUGAUGUUUGUUUUGAAGACUUAUUUCAUUGCUUUUCCACCAAAUCAGGCACAUUCACACCCAAAAGUCCUUAAAAUAACAGUUUUGAAAUAGUUAUCUUCAAUCAUGGUUAAUAUAUGUAAAGGGCUUAAUUGAUUUGAAUGUGUAAAAUUUCUGUUUUUUCAGAUGGAGAUUCAGCCGACUGUCCCGCUGACAGUGAGGACACUCCAGGGAACGACAGUAAAUCCACUGGUGACCCUGAGCUGCAGGAAACAUACUUAGAGAGUCUGGAACUGUCUGUGAGUGAGAUGAAAAGAUAAAAAUACAGACCUGUUGUUUAAUUCUGUUCAAAAAACAUGAAGUCUGAAUAUAUUUGUAUCUUUUUGUGUCUAGGCUGAUGAUGAGAUAGAUUUGACAGUCUGCAUAACCCCUUCAAAUAACUCCUGUGAAGCAGAGGUAACACUUCCUAUCCUACAUGUUGAGUACUUUUCCUCUCUUCUAUCUGUCUUCUUCAUACAGAAACAUUAUGUCUGUUUUUUGUCAGAUGUAUGACCGAGUGAUACUGCUCGCACAGAGGCUUUACAGCUUACAGGUAAAACAGUUAGGAAACCUUGGAGCGUCUCACUUCUUUCAGCAUCUUCUGAAUUUGUUUUCUAAUUGUUUUUCUAAUUCGUUUGCAGGCAGUAGUCGCCCAGCAGGACAGCAUGAUCGAGCUGCAGAGCGUGUUUCAGUCCAGGACUAAGCAACCCGCCCGCCAUUACAGCAGCUUGCUGCUGGAGCAAGAGAAGCAGCGAAACCUGGAGAAGCAGAAGGAGGAACUUAACAACUUACACAAGCUGCGGGCGCAACACCAAGAGGAGCAGCAGCGCUGGGAGAAAGAGAGGGAGCGACAGAGGAUCCAGAUCGAGGCGCUAGAGGCUCAGCUGCAGCAGAGGGAAGAGGAGUGCAAAAAGUGGGAGGAGAAGCUCAAUGAGGAGAAGGCAGAGCUGGAGAGGCAGAGGGGAGACUAUCAGCAGGACCUGGAGAGACUGAGGGAGUCUACGAAAUUAGUGGAGAAACACAACGAGCGUCUGAAGCAGGAGAGGGAGCGUCUGGAGCAGCUGCAGGAGAAGAUAAAGAAGAAUAUCCCGAACCCAGGACACGCCAACUAUGAUGAUCCUUCACAAGUGAGACAAUGGAUCUACUUUGGUGUUAAUCAACAUUAUUCUGUUAUUUUCCAAAUUAAAAAUAAGAAUGAAAAAAUAUUUAUCUUCACUAGUAACAAUCUAUUCAAGAAGAGUCUCACAAAAAAGGUUUUUAACUUGAAAUCGAGUGAAGUAGUCCAAGUAGGUAAUUAGACAAACAUUGGUCUCUAUGAAAAGCUGACAAUCGUGCAGGCUGACAGUACAUUUAGAAAAAUCUGACUGAAAUAUGACAAACAUUCAACUUUAAGAAAUUGAGCUCCAAAAGAGGAGCUGCAACCCAACAGCCUAAUUGACCGCUCUGUGAUUGAUCAUGUCCCGUUUGUCCUUUAGUUCUGGAGUCUCUCGAGUUACCAGUCGUUCAGAGGAAGCAUCGUGAACGGAGGGGGGAAUCAGAUCCUACCUCAAAAACUCCUGGUCCCCACUUCCUCAGACCCCAAAGAAAUUCCUCCAAAGGUUCCGCCGCGCAGGGAGAGCAUCAGCCCCCUGCCAGCCAAGCCUGAGCUUCCGUUCCAGCUGAUCAGCACCACGAACCAGGUGUUCAAGCCUGCAGCCGUGCAGCAGCAGAUACCCACUAAGUUGGCCACUUUGUCCAAGGGAAAAGAGAAAGGCCAUAAGACGAAGCACAACAGAGCGCACAGUGCAGGUCAGGGUACAGUUCUCUUCACAUGAUUUUUUAAAAUGUCCUAGGAUUUUACGACUGCUUCAAAACUGAAAUGCUUCACUUUAACCUCAAAACUCACCCCAGUCCGUUCCUCUUACAUUCAGCUUCCAUCGACAUGAACCAAGUGGUGCCCAUCCGAGUGACGGGGAAAGAAGGAGGCAGUAUGAGGGCCAAAAGGAACGCCAGUCCUCACAAAAACCGUCAUUCAGGUAUAGACCGUUACAAACGUAGGGACAGAAGGGGUCUUUCCUCGUGAAGUUUAUCGUCAAGCAUUGCUGUAAUUUUUUCCCCUGUACUCCCUUUAGGUGCCUCUAACCCACCAGGAUCUGUCCACAACGGGAAAACGUCUCAGUCCUUCAGCAUGCACAAGAGGAGCAGCAGUGAUGCCGGACCUCCACCACCACCACCUCCUUUCCCCAAAGACAUUCUCGAACCAGGAAAAGAGAAGGUAAUAUUCCUUUAGUUCUCUGACUACAGACUGGAGUUUGGAUGAGGACUGGUCCAUCAUAGAGACUUCCACCCUUGGAGAGACUGAUAGAGCUGUUGAAGACUCUGAACAUGACUUCAUGACACCGGUUUAUGUCCGGUAAGAAGAGAACUGACACUACUAUGGGGAUUAACCACUGGACACCAGCUGUUUGGAUUCAUAUCAUCUAAACUCGGGUUAAAAAAUAAGACAUUUAAUGCAGAGGUUGCACAAAAAAAAAAGAUGUAAAAAGCUUGAUCUGUUUGUACAUUUGGAAUAAUGAUAUUUUAGUGAUGAUGCAAAAGCAAAAUACCUUGCCAAAGACUUUUAUUAGAGGUUUUUAUUUAGGAUUUGUAUUUUAAAUGAUUGUAGGUUAACUUUAAACCAUUUAGCACUCAUGUCCUAACUCUUAAGCUGUCUUUUUUAUUUAUGAAUGACAAACGCGGUUUGAUGGAGCUGAGGAUGUGCGAAGUUUACAUCUGUUUAGAUGUGGGGUGCCAAGCACAAGAGUUGUAUUUUUGAACGAAUCAGACAAACUUAUGUUGGGUUCUGCGGUCCUGAUCCUCAGUGUGUGUUUUAAUAAAAUGAUACAUUUAACGAGGAAUGUGGAGGAAAAUACAUUUGGGCUGUAAACGCAGUGAUUGUGAAUUAUGUAAAUUUUUGACACUAAGCUGAUGAUUUUCUCUUGUAAAAAUGACCACUUAACCUUUGUGCUAGUUAAAAAUUCCUCUAAAUCCAAACAAGUGGAUCAUGGAAUAAAAAGAUUCUUGACUUCAGACUAA